AUGAGCAAUACCUCGUCGUCAGAUUCUCCCCCCGAUAGUUCCAUGUCGGCAAACCCCUCGUCUCAACAAACAACACCAGAGCAGAGUCCUGAAUUCCCCCCCUCCUCCAUAUAUCCUCCGGCAUUCUCCGAUCCCUUCGGUGCCGCAGACGGCAAUGUUCCUCCGCAACAGAUCGUCGCCAUGAUAGAGAACGGGACGGACCACUGGCGUGACUUUCUCGAAGCCGAAUAUCUCUCACGGAGAAAUAUAGAACAUAUCAUUGCCAGGGAAAGACAGAAGCUAGUCGAAGCCCAGGAUCGCGCAGCGGCAUAUCAACAGGCCUUAGAGGCAGAAAGGGACGAGGCUCGGGGAGAAGCUGCAGCAGAGCGAGCCCGCGCGGAAAGACACAAAGGGAGUUUGAGGGAUGCAAGAGCUGAGACUGCCCGGCUUGAUGAACGGCUGAAGGCCGCUGAGGAGCAAUAUAGGAUUGCUGUGGAGGAGAAAAAGUCUAUCGCAGGAGAACUGCAAGAUAAGCUCAAAGAGCUGGCGCAGGCGGAGGAUGAGCGCUUGGUGCAUGAGACAGCGCGUCGAUCCAUCUUCGAGCACCUCGCAAGAAUAGAGAAUGAAAAGAAUGAGCUUCAGCAACAGCUCUAUGAAGCACGAGACCGACUUGUUGCUAUGGAGCGUAAUCUGGCUGAGCGCACACAAAGCAGGGACAGACAUUAUGCAGAGCUCACCGAUCUCCAGGUCCGGUUUGGUGAGGAGCAAGAUCGCAGAGAGGCCGUCGAAGAGCAACUCGACGAACAGACCGACGAGCUAAGCCAAGUCAGAAACGAGCUCGCCAGCGAGAGGAAUCGAACCUCGGAGCUGCGAGUGGACUUGGAUAGAGCGAGGACAGAGCUUGUAGCCAUGGAUAACUUGCGCUCUGACGCUGAUCAGCUUAGGGAGACGAACCGAAGCCUUGAAAACGGGGCUGCAGAGCUGCGAAACGAACAUGCUCUGCUUGAACGUGAAGUCCAUGGCCUGCGAGAACAGCAGACGGCGACUGCUGCUGAAAUCGGGACAGUACGUACAGCUUUACGAAACGAGCAGAGGAGAUCAAUACAGCUCCAGGAGACAGCGACAAGCCUCCAGCGAGCUCACGAGGUGCUGAACAAUGAGGUUCAACAGCUCAGGGAUAGAAAUGGAAGGCUUGAAACUGCCAACGCCAGCCUUCGACGCACGAACAGUUCCGUUGCACGAGAUAUCAAUACUUUGCGAGCGCGAUGCGCUGCGUUGAACACUCAGGCCACUGACCUUCAAACCAGGAUAGAUCAGGAAGACGCUGUAAGAGAGAGGAUACCUCGUCGUCUAGCGAUGGUCAGGCCCAGAGAUUCCCCUCGACAAAUGUAA